GCACACGGAGCGGUAGUGAGCGAAUCAGCUCAGCGGUUGUGCUAUCGCGAGUGUUUUGUCUUGUGUUCAAACUAUUGUAAACUUCUACACACUAUCAUAAACUACUAAAAACUAUAACUAGUCUUCUUUGUGUUAAUGAUGUCAAAAGAGAGCACCAGAUUGAGUCGUCUGGGAGUCCUCGCUCCAGCCGCUCUGUCAGCAUGUAUGGACGCCUCUGUACUAGCAGUGCCCGCAGCCGGGGCGAUUGUAUCAACAGUACUGAAAGAACUAAGCAAGGCCUUCAUGCUCAAGAAAUGGUUCCAUGGGAUCAUGUCGGCUAAAGAUGCAGAACAACUUAUCAUGGAGAAGGGAAGGAAUGGCUCGUUCUUGGUGCGGGAGUCGCUGACCCACCCCGGGGAAUAUGUACUCUCUGUUCGAGUCAGAGGUCGCGUUUCCCACGUCAUGAUACGGAGACAGCAAGAUAAAUACGACGUGGGCAGUGGUGAACAGUUCGACGAUCUAGUGGGUCUGAUCGAGCACUUCCGAUCUUACCCGAUGACAGAGACAUCUGGAGACGUGCUGCGUCUCUUACAACCUGUCAGUGGUACCUGCCUUCGUGCCAAGGAUAUUGAUGAAAAAGUCUUGGAAAUGGAUGACAUUCAAAAACCGGACAACAAAUGUGGAUUCGACGGAGAAUUUUACUCUUUAAAAUUUAUAGAAGAUAUGUUUGUUUUUACGGCAAAUGAAGGCGCUAAGAUGGAGAAUAUGCACAAAAAUCGCUACCGGAACAUAAUACCUUAUGACCAGACACGAGUGGUAUUACGACGUGGCAGUGAUGAUUCCCAUUGUUCAGAUUAUAUCAACGCCAACUACAUCAGAUCCUCUCGUCUCAGUGACAUUUCGAGUUCUGUACAGUCGUCCACAGAAAGUCUUAAUAGCGUGCAUUCACUGAUCCUGCAUAGAGAUUCUCGCGAGUCACUCCCACUGGUCUCCAAGUCACUCUCCGACGACGCACUUCGGGAGGUCAAAAAGUUUAUGAAAUUGGACAAAAUAAAAGGAAAUAAAAGACGAAAUAUAGUGAAAGACAAAUCAUACAUAGCAACACAAGGCUGUCUUACAAACACGGUAAAUGACUUUUGGCGUAUGAUUUGGCAAGAGGACGUCAGGGUAAUAGCAAUGAUCACAAACGAAGCUGAAAGGGGAAAGAAAAAGUGUGAUCGUUACUGGCCUCUGUCGGGUCAGAAAGAGAUGUACGGCAACCUGCUGGUGAAGUCUAUGUCAGAGACACAUUACGAAGAUUAUCUUCUGCGUGAAUUUGAUAUCAGCGACAAGAUUACAUGCAGAACUAUUUACCAAUACCAGUUUACUGCAUGGCCUGACCACAGUAUACCUGCAGAACCAGACGGAGUACUUUCGUUUAUAGACGAUAUUAAUAGAAGAAUGCGUCAAAAUAUGGAAGAGGAACGAGCUCCUGAACAGAAUGUGCUGUGCGUGCAUUGUUCGGCUGGGGUCGGCAGGACUGGUACAUUUAUUGUUCUGGACAUGCUCAUCGACAAGAUAAAAAUAUCCGGUUUCAACUGUGACAUAGAUGUUCACAACACGGUGAAAUUGGUCCGGUCACAGCGGAGAGGAAUGGUGCAGAAUAAAUUACAAUACAGAUUCAUAUAUCUAGCUCUCAAGAAAUACAUCGACAAUAAUAGCAGACAAUCACGAAAAAAGAUCUAUAAGAGCGAAGCGUAAUCUAAGAACACCAAAUUUGGACCAAAGUGCACAAUAUUUAAAUAUUAU